AUGAAGACGUACGUCGACGGCACCAUGGGCGCGGGCGGGCACGCGUGCGCGGUGAUCGGAGAGCAUCUCGAGCUCGUCACGUUCGUCGGCUUCGACGUGGAUCCGCUCGCGCACGCCAUCGCGCCGCGGGGCGCGCGCGUGCUCGAGCUCAACACGGUGUUGGACAACUUCCGCGCGAUGCGCUUUCGCCUCGACGAGCUCGAGCUGAACGGGAAGGUGGACGCGAUCCUUCUCGACCUCGGGGUAUCGUCUAUGCAUCUCGACUCGCCCGAGCGCGGGUUCUCUUUCGGCAACGACGGGCCGCUGGACAUGCGCAUGGGGCCGUCGUGCGCGUUCUCCGCGAUGGACGUCGUGAACGAGUGGCCGGAGGAGGACAUCGCGCGCGUGAUUCGCGACUACGGCGAAGAGAAGCACUGGCGGCUGAUCGCGAGGAGGAUCUGCGAGAGACGCGCGGAGGCGCCCAUCCUGACGACGUCGGCGCUCGUGCGCGCCAUCGGACGCGUGCCAGGCGUGAAGAAAGGACGGAGCGGGAACGUGCACCCGGCGACGCGGACGUUUCAAGGGAUUCGAAUCGCCGUGAACGACGAGCUCGGCGCGAUCGAGGACGCGAUCCCCGCCGCGAUCGACGCGCUCGCGCCCGGGGGACGACUGGGCGUGAUAUCGUUUCACUCGCUCGAGGAUAAGAUCGUGAAGGACAUCUUUCGCGAGCGCGCGGGGCGCGCGCCGCCGCCGGACGAGGGGCCCGUCUCCGCGUGGGCGCCGCAGCCGGAGCCGCCGCCGAAGGUGGUCAAGCUGAUCACGCGGAAGCCGCUGAGCGCGGACGAGGACGAGGUCAGGGAAAACGCGCGGAGUCGGAGCGCGAAAUUACGCGUCUGCGAGAAGCUCUAG